AUGUUCCCUGUGAAGUUGAUCGAUUUGUAAUUGUCUCCAUCUAGAUCGGAAUUCAAGGAUUUCUCGACUAUGAUUAGUGAAAAUGAUUUGGACUAUGAUACAUUCAAAUUGGAGCAAGUCCAUAAGCCCCCAUAAAUAAAGAAGAGCUCUUCAUAUCCUAAAAAUUAUGUACUAUAUUUGACACUAUCUUUUUAGUAUAAGUAGCAACUUAUCGAAGAGAGCAACAUCGAAGGAGAUCAAAUCAUUCAGGAAUGCAAUCGCUUUGUUUAAGACUCUUAAGUUUCUGUCACUCAACUACUGUAAGAACUCGCUCUUGAAUAACCCAAAAAGAAUAGAAGCACCGGAUACCUUAAGUUCUUCGACGAAAAUAAAAAUUAUGGAUUCAUUGUUAUGGACUAGGAUGGCUCAGACUUAUUCGUCUAUGCUGAUGAUCUUGCCAAGACAGGCAUUUCAAGAGAGUAUUUAAGAACAGCUAAAUUCGGAAAUUACAUUAGAUUUACAUUUACAUGCAUGGAAUAUUUUGGUAAAUAUAACAAAUCAAGAAAAGCCAUCGAUUUGGAGUAUCAAAAGCCUAAUCCAUUCUUCCAAACCAUAUACUGA